GAAUGCAUUUUGACAAGGUCUUUGAAAAAGCGGCGCGGCUAAUUCAAGAUGGCGGAGAUGGACCAGCUGUUAGAUGAGAGCUCCUCGGCUGAGGCACUUGUUAGUCUGAAAGAGGGUAGUUUGUCCAACAGUAUAAAUGAGAAAAACAGCUUCCCCAGGGCUCACAACACAAGAGGACGAAAUUCCUCGCUGACAAUGGACACGCCCACGCGGAGCUCCAAGAGGAGUCGACUCUUUCGGGAUGAGGAGGAGCAGCAGCAGCAGCAGCUGCAGCCACAACAGCGAGGCGCUUCCAAGUCUCCCCGGAGGAGUCAGAGGGUCACCACCACACCACAGAAGUUUUCCACCGUCACAACUCCAGACAAGAAGGCAUCGCAGAAAAUCGGUCUCCGAUUAAGGAACCUCCUCAAGUUACCGAAGGCUCAUAAAUGGUGCAUCUACGAAUGGUUCUACUCAAACAUCGACAGACCUCUGUUUGAGGGCGACAAUGAGUUCUGCCUGUGUCUGAAGGAGUCCUUUCCCAAGCUCAAGACCAGGAAGCUGACCCGCGUGGAGUGGAGCACCAUCAGGAGGCUGAUGGGGAAACCGCGACGGUGCUCAUCUGCAUUCUUCGCUGAAGAGCGGACAGCGUUGAUACAGAAGAGGCAAAAGAUGCGUCUGCUGCAACAGAGAAAAAUCUCGGACAUGUCACAAUGCAAAGAUCUCCCAGAGGAAAUCCCUCUGCCCCUCAUCAUAGGAACCAAAGUAACCGCCCGACUGCGGGGGGCUCACGACGGCCUGUUCACGGGGCAGAUCGACGCCGUGGACACCAGCGCCGCAACAUACCGCGUCACCUUCGACCGCAACGGCCUGGGCACCCACACUGUGCCGGACUACGAAGUGCUGAGCAACGAGCCCAACGAGACCAUGCCCAUCUCGGCGUUUGCCCAGAAACAUAGGGCUGCACGCUACCUACAGAACCUAAUGACUCCGCCCAGAGGACCCUGUCCGUCCGCUACCACGCCGAUCCUAAUGGACAACGACCCUCUCAUCAGCCAGUCAACAUGGAAGAGCAGACUCCCCGCUGGAGAGGGGGAGACAUUAGGGGGGUUUCCUGUCAAGUUCCUCGUCCAAGUGACGAGGCUGUCCAAGAUCCUCAUGAUCAAGAAAGAGCACAUCAAGCACUUGAAGGAUAUGAACACGGAAGCAGAGAAACUGAAGUCCUACUCAUUGCCCAUUGGCCUGGACUUCCAGAAGCGCUACGCCACCACAGUGCUGGAGCUGGAGCAGCUCAAUAAAGACCUCAACAAAGUGCUACACCAGGUUCAGCAGUUCUGCUGCGAGCUGGCCCCGGACCAGGGCAUGGCUCCGGCCGACCGGCCCACGGAGAUGCGGCAGCGGUGUGAGGAGGAGGCCCAGGAGCUGGUCCAGCACAGCAACACCCUGCUGGACGGCCAGCAGAGCGUCACCAACACCAGCCACACACAGCUCGUCUCACGGCUCACAGCCCUGCUGCUGCAGAUCAAGUGUUUGGCUGAAGGUGGUGACCUGAAUUCGUUUGAGUUCAAAUCUCUGAAUGACUCCCUAAACGACAUUAAGAGGUCGAUAGACCAAUCGAACCUCAGUUGCUUCCAGAACAAUGUGGAAAUCCAUGUGGCUCACAUCCAGAGUGGCCUUAGCCAGCUGGGAAACCUGCACGCCUUCGCUGCCAACAACACCAAUGCAGUCUGACCGCUUGCACUCUUUCUGAACACACACACACACACACACACACACACACACACACACACACACACACACACACACACACACACACACACACACACACACACACACACACACACACACACACACACACACACACACACACACAGCACCCUGCACAUGGAGUUGGUGCUCUUUCCGGAACUUCUUCUAUAUUUACUUUUACUUUUUUAAUUCUGCAACAAAAAAAACUCCAUGCAGCCAUUUUUUUGGACUCACAGCACACGACGCAGUGUUGGACGUGCAGCUGAAUCGGCCCAGAGUGAUUUCCAGAACACUAUAAAGCAUAUGGGGAAGGUGUGGUUAAUCUUUUAGCAAUUUUUCUGUGUGGGAAUGUGGCCCCAUCGAUCGAGGCCUACGCUCCAGUUCACUUCUCUCAUCCCCGGUGGUUGUUUUUCCAUGUGCCAAAAAUUACACAUUUGCAGUUUUUAUAGACCAUAUUUAUUUAUAUUUUAGUAGGUGUAUGGUUAUAAGACAAUAUUUUACUAUUUCAGAAAGAUUACUCUGUAUGUAUUGCAGCUUUGCUCCACUGAUGGUAAGCACAGGGGAGGAUAAAGAAUGUUUUGUAAAAAAAGUUUAUUGUAGAUAUUUGUACAAUACUGAAUUAUUAGGAUUAUUGUUGACAUUUCUGCUAUGUGAAAUGGCUUUUUUGUAAUUUUGUGUGCACUGAAAAAGAGAUGUGGUAUUUUUAUAAAUGAUCGGCCUGGGUUCCAGAUACCGUUGGUUCAAUUAAUUUUAUUCUCAGAAUUUGGCAUGGCACCCCCUUUCACUGAACAUACAUCACUGAUGUAACCCUUAAUUCAAGUUGUUUACCAGGACUUUCAGUUUUGUAAAGUUGUAUAUGGGAGUGCCUCAGGGCAAAUGUAUAUAAAUAUUGCUGUCUUUUUAUAUUAAACAUUGCAAAGCAG